AAAUGGGGUUGGCUUUGGAGAGAGUGGAUCACCUCCGUCGAUCAUAAAAAAAUCGGCAUCAUGUAUAUCGUCGCAUCGACGAUUAUGCUUGCGAAAGGGCUUGUCGAUGCCCUCAUGAUGCGAGCACAGCAGAUGAUGGCUGUAGGAGAGUCGAUGGGGUACUUAGAACCCGACCACUAUCAACAGCUCUUUACAGCGCAUGGAGUGACGAUGAUCUUCUUCGUGGCGAUGGGAUUCAUCUUUGGAAUGAUCAAUCUCGUCAUGCCGCUGCAAAUCGGCGCACGCGAUGUCGCCUUCCCAUUCCUCAACAACCUCAGCUUUUGGCUUUUUGCAAUAGGUGGAAUGUUGGUGAUGACUUCGCUUGUCAUUGGGGAGUAUGCAGGAACAGGGUGGACAGCUUACCCCCCUCUUGCAGGGACAAAGUACAAUCCUGGAGUCGGCGUCGACUACUGGAUUUGGAGCAUCCAGAUCUCAGGGGUUGGAAGUCUCCUUUCCGGGGUCAACUUCAUCGUCACCAUCCUGAAGAUGCGCGCUCCUGGGAUGAGUCUCAUGAAAAUGCCCAUUUUUAUCUGGUCAACACUUGUGGCGAUGGUUCUCGUCGUCUUAGCGUUUCCUAUCUUGACUGCAACCCUUGGAAUGUUGACCACCGAUCGGCUUUUAGAGACCCAUCUCUUUACGACGGAGUUUGGGGGGAAUCCGAUGCUCUACAUCAACCUCUUCUGGGCUUGGGGCCAUCCCGAGGUCUAUAUUCUCGUCUUACCCGCCUUUGGGGUCUUUUCCGAGGUUGUUCCUGUCUUCUCUCAUAAACGACUUUUCGGCUAUACCUCGAUGGUCUGGGCCCUUGUCUCCAUCACCAUUCUCUCUUUCAUCGUCUGGCUUCACCACUUUUUUACCAUGGGAUCUAGCGCCUCUAUCAACGCCUUCUUUGGAAUCAUGACGAUGGUCAUCGCAGUUCCAACAGGGGUAAAGAUCUUCAACUGGCUCUUCACGAUGUUCCGAGGUCGCGUUCAGUUUUCAACACCUCUCCUCUGGUUUCUAGGUUUUGUGGUCACCUUUACGCUGGGGGGAGCAACGGGCGUUUUAAUGGCGAUCCCAGCUGCAGACUUCCAGAUUCACAACUCUCUUUUCUUAAUCGCCCACUUCCAUAAUGUCAUCAUCGGAGGUGUUGUCUUUGGAAUUUUUGCAGCUUAUAGCUACUGGUUCCCUAAAUUCGCCGGCUUUAAGCUCAACGAACGGCUUGGCAAAUACGCUUUUUGGUGUUGGAUCGUCGGCUUUUUUAUCGCCUUUCUUCCCCUCUAUCUACUCGGUUUUAUGGGAGCUACCCGCCGCUUAAACAACUACGACGUCGCAGAGUGGCAACCCCUCUUUGUCAUCGCGGCCAUUGGAGCUGCUAUCAUUGCUCUUGGAGUCGCCUUCCAAUUCCUCCAAUUCUAUGUCAGUUUUCGGAAUCGGAAUACCAACCGAGAUCAGACAGGAGAUCCUUGGAAUGGGAGAACCCUCGAAUGGUCAACAACAUCUCCACCCCCCUUUUAUAACUUUGCCAUCACGCCAGAGGUUCAUGAGAGAGACGCCUUUUGGGCCUCAAAAAAUAGGAAAAAUCGAGAAGAGCCCAAACAGUACCAUCCUAUUCAUAUGCCUAAGAAUACAACCCUUGGGUUUUACAUCAGCGUCUGGAGCUUCCUCCUCUCUUUUGGGCUCAUCUGGUACAUGUUUUGGCUAGCGGCUUUAAGCGUCAUUGCAAUUGUCGCCUGUGUGAUCAAACACCUGUGGCAAAAAGAGCCCGAUUAUCUGAUUUCAGCUGACGAAAUUAAAAAGAUGGAAAAG